CUUGUCAAAGGUUCUUGGCUCUUUGACUACGGAUUGCGUCUUGAUAAAAAGCCGAUGGGCGCUCCACCCGCACAAGAACAAUCAUACUUUAGUAAUUUUAUUGAUCAAACAAUGUUAUUUAUAUUUGAUGUAUUAAUGAAUAAUCCAAAGGAUUCACUAUUCAAGGUUUUGCACUGAUUCUGCGUUUGCCUUCUUCAGUUUGCCAUGGCGACCGUGGUGAUGGAGCAGAUUGGUCGCCUGUUCAUCAAUGCUCAACAGUUGCGUCAGAUUCCUCAGCUGCUCGAGUCGGCCUUCCCUACUCUGCCCUGCACCGUGAAGGCCCACGAUGUGCCCUGGGUGUUCCGUGAGCCUCACAUCAUUGGAGGCUACAGGCAGCCGGAACACAGCUGGCGCUACUACUUCCUCACCCUCUUCCAGAGGCACAACGAGGCACUCAACGUUUGGACCCACCUGCUCGCCGCCUUCAUCAUCCUGGUCAAGUGCCAGGAGCUGUCCGAGACAGUGGAUUUCCUCCGUGACCCCCACGCCCAGCCCCUGUUUAUCGUCCUCCUCUCAGCCUUCACCUACCUGUCGUGCAGUGCCCUGGCCCACCUGCUCAACGCCAAGUCCGAGCUCUCCCACUACACCUUCUACUUCCUGGACUAUGUGGGCGUGGCCAUCUACCAGUAUGGCAGCGCCCUGGCCCACUUUUACUAUGCAAUCGAGGAAGGCUGGCACGCCCGGGUGCGAGGGAUCUUCCUGCCCACCGCAGCGUUCCUAGCCUGGUUCUCGUGCUUCGGCUGCUGCUAUGGCAAGUAUGCCAGCCCGAGGCUGCCCAAGUUUGCCCACAAGCUAUUCCAGGUGGUGCCCUCGGGCCUGGCCUACUGCCUGGACAUUAGCCCCGUGCUGCACCGCAUCUACAGCUGCCACCAGCAGGAGGGGGGCUGCUCGAACCAGGCUGUGGCUUACCACCGCUACCAGGUACUCUUUUUCCUAGUGAGCGCCUACUUCUUUUCCUGCCCCCACCCAGAGCGCUGGCUGCCCGGGCGAUGUGACUUCAUUGGCCAGGGCCACCAGAUCUUCCACGUUUUCCUGGUGCUGUGCACCCUGGUGCAGAUCGAGGCGACACGCAUAGACUACAUUGAGCGGAGGCCCCUCUACGAGCGUCUCCACGGCAACCUGGCCCAUGAUGCAGUGGCGCUCUUCAUCUUCACGGCAUGCUGCAGCGCGCUCACUGCCUUCUACGUGCGGAAACGUGUGCAGGCGCAAAUGUGCGAGAAAGAAGAGUAGGAGCUGUCAGGACAGAGGGAUGAAGGAGGAUAAGGGAGAAAGACUAAUCUGAUUUACACUGGAAAGCUAAAAAAGACAAGAGAUUAAAGCAAUCAGACUGUUCAUUUUGUAAAAACAAUGACCUGCUGUUUUUUUCUGUUCUUUUAUUGUGGCCUGCCAAAUGACAUUUUAAACUGGCAACAUAGAUUGUCUUGUGAUUGACCUUCCAGGAAGACAGAAACAUCCUGGUAGUUUCUUUCUGUCACAUCACAAGCAGUCCCUGUAACACUCCAAAUAACAUCUUUGCACUUCACAGAGAGGGUAAAAUGAAGGUCGGAAUUGAGACUUUUUUAUUGUGUUGAUUUUCCUCUUAAUUUUCCACUCUCUACUGUGAGAUCACAUGUCAUGGCCUGGUUACCUACUGAAUAGUCUGAAUGGCUGUUUGACUACAUACUGUACUGACUGACCGACACCAAGCAUGACACUAACCAUCUCAAUAGAGGUAUGCAGGAAAGAAUGGAAAGUAUACCCACGUUGCCCUUAAGUGGAUAAUCAAAUAAAUAAUUAUAAUAGUUUAAUAAUUUCUCACCAGCUUUAUUUCUUAAAAGUACAAUGUGAGUUUCAAAGCGAUUUGACUCCCAAGUCAAAUGUUAAUGCUUAAUGAAGAUCAGUAUUCUUUUUUAAAAAUCCUUGGUUAACUAAUGAAAUUCCAGUAAGCUGCAAGUAAACACCUCCAAAUGCUGUCUCCCCUACUCAUUCUCUGUGUUUUAUCUACCAUUUUCUCUGCCCAUUUUCUCCAAAGCUAUGUUCGAUCAAUGAUUGAGAUGCCUAUACGGGGUGUCAGAUAUAAUAGACUGGCAGUUAGACUGGGCAAGAGGCAUAGCGCACACAAUUUGCAAACCAAACCGAACAUUUCUCCUCUAAGAUACAUAUAUUGGCCAUUUUACUAACAUGUGGAUUGAUCAUGUCAAAGAACAAAGCUGGCACUCUUAGGAUAGUUGGCAUAAGAAAUGGAUGGAACUAUGUGCCCAACAUUACUAUGAUGUCUCUUUGUCGUUGUGAUAAUAUGCAUUUUGCAUUCAAGGGCUGGAACUUCAGCUUUUGCCUUUUCACACCCGAUGAUGUCAAUGCCUUUGUGUGUAUUGUUCAGUCUUUUCAUGGACUUGACUUUACUCACAAAAGGGCUGUCUGAGUACUUAGUAUGGUGACUUACUGUUUGUACAUUUGUAUAUGUAUGGUUGGGUAUGUACAGUUGAAGUCGGAAGUUUACAUACACUUAAGUUGCAGUCAUUAAAACAAAUUUUUAAACGA